AUGGCAUCCAUACUUGUCUUCUCGGCCGUAUUUGCAGCGGCCCUGAUUUGCGUUCACUUGCUCACCAAUUGGCUAAAGCUCAGCAAAGCACCCGGACCUCGAAUCGCUGGCACCACGGAUCUGUGGCGGGCAUAUUUGCAAUAUAACGGCAAGCUGAGGCAAAAGUUGAUCGAUUUGCACUCUGAAUGCGGCCCCAUUGUGAGAUAUGGGGUACAAAGUAUCAGUAUCAACGACCCAGAAGUCAUCAAUGUGGUCUACGGCAGCCGAGCGGGUUUCAUUACGGCAGACUCAUACAAGGUCUUGGUUGGAAUUCAAAAUGGUAAAGAGGUUCCCAGUUUGGUGAGCACCGCCGACGAAGGCCGCCAUGGUGCACUGCGAAGAUCGGUUGCCAACGCAUUCACACCCACUGCAGUGUUGGAUUAUGAGCCUUGGAUUGAUGCCACCAUUGUUGAGCUUCUCAAAGUAAUUGAGAACAAGUCAAUGUUUGACCUCUCGUCAAUGGUCUUGCACUACACCAUGGAUGCGGCAGGACGUUUCUCAUUCGGUGAGCCUCUCGGGUGCCUCGAGGUGGAAGAUGACGUGGGCGGUUCGAUUCAACUGAUUCGCGAUCGCUUCAACCAUUGGGGCUGGUGGUCAUCAAUCCCGGGUCUGGAGAGAUUGGUGUACCGCAAUCCGCUAGCCAUGCGACAAAAGCGUGCUCCGUCAAGCAUGGCAGCGGCCGCAGUGCAGAAACUUAAAGCGAGGUCUGGACAGGAUAAAUACGAUACCGAACAUGUCGACCUCCUGCACAGAUUUCUGGAAGCCAGCAAAGACCAUCCCGAGGCGCUCGAUACCUCUGGAGUCGUAGGCAUGCUCAUGUCCACCAUCUCUGGUGCGGGAGACACGACCGCCACAACCGUCACGGCGGCCAUUUACAAUCUGCUCAAGAAUCCGACAGCUCUCGAGAGUCUACGAGCAGAGCUAUCACAAGCCCAGAUUUCCGAUAUUCCUUCCUUCUCAGAAGUCAACAAGCUGCCGUACCUCAACGCCGUCAUUCGAGAGAGCAUGCGCGUCUUUCCCACCCCGACCUGGCCAAUGGAGCGUCUUGUACCUGCCGGUGGCGCUACCAUUGCCGGCAUGUUCUUCCCAGAAGGCACCAGUGUAGGUUGUCUGCCAUCUGCCGUGCACCAGAAUACUAGGAUCUAUGGUGACGACGCCAACGUCUAUCGCCCUGAACGCUGGCUCACGUCGGACCGGGACGUGUUGAGACAGAUGGAAGCAUCACACAUGGGUUUCAGUCGAGGCCGUCGCGUAUGCUUGGGGCAGAAUAUUGCCGUGAUGCAAAUGAAAAAGGUACUACCUGCCUUGGUGAUGAAAUUCGAGAUAUUCCAGCUUGAACUGGCGAAUCCAGAGGCAUCUCUGGAAGCUGACUUCUCCCCAGCGGUGGCCUGUCUCAAGCCGUUGUUUGUCAACGCAAAAUUGAGAUAG